AUGAACACCCUUCCGCCGCUAUACCCUCCGUUUCGUUAUGGUCAGGUUGAAGAUGACCUCUACCGGGGCGGAUAUCCGAAGCCACGCAACUUCCGCUUUCUGACCCGUCUUCGCCUGAAGAGCAUCCUGUCGCUUACCCCCGAACCCGCAAACGCAGACCUGGCCGCCUUUUGUGCCGAGCAAAAGAUCACCGCCCUGCAUGUCCGUGUCGAUAAACCGAAAGAGCAUAUCCCGCUGACGUUCCAGAAAACCGCUCAGAUCCUCGCAAUUGUCAUCGACCCCAACAACUACCCGCUAUUCGUCCACUGUCUUGACGGCGCCGGUGUCACGAGUGCCCUCAUAAUGUGUCUGCGCAAGCUACAGUGCUGGACUAUGUCGUCUAUACUAUACGAGAGCAGCAGGUACAACAAGGAAGGGACGAUCGGGUCGGAAGAGGGAGAGUUUGUCGAAAAGUUUAGCGCGGAGGUCGAGCUGCCCAUUAGACUGCCGGCCUGGUUGUGG